GACGUGUUUCUGACGGCUCCCCGGCUCCAGGGGUGUGCAGGAGGCUCCAAGGGGCAGCAGCAUCAUUUAUUUCUGCAACGAAACAGAAGAAUGCACUCAGUUGCGCGUCUCGGCAGCUCUGCAGCCUGUGGAGAGUGUGGGCAGUCUCUGUAUGCAGCAUCCUGGAAAAUGUGCAUUCCCUUGAAGUGAUCUGCUGAAAAGCACGUACUUGGACGGUUUCUUCCAGCCUGCCUUGUUGCACUGCUCUCAAGGUCUGCAAUGCCUGGUCUCUAAUACUCCCUGGGACUUGCAUUUCUUCUGCUGAAGAAACACUACCUGCUGCAGUUAUCUAAGGAGCCCUGAAGAGCAAGGACACUGGAGAUGGCUCUGUGUGCUUUUUAUGCAGUUUGGGGUUUGUUACUGGAAGUGGCAGUAGCAUUUGGCCCAGUACCGAGGAUCACUUGGGAACACAGAGAGGUCCAAUUAAUACAUUUUCAUGAAUCAGAAGUGUCGAACUAUUCAACUUUGCUGUUAAGUGAAGACAAAGAUGUUCUAUAUGUAGGAGCCAGAGAAGUGAUAUUUGCAUUAAAUGCAAUGAAUAUUGCUGAAAAGCAGCACGAGUUACACUGGAAGGUCACAGAAGAUAAAAGGACUAAAUGUGCAGUCAAGGGCAAAUCAGAACAGACAGAGUGUCGUAAUUACGUGCGUGUCUUGCAACAGCUGAAUGAUACUUUUCUCUACGUCUGUGGAACUAACGCGUUUCAGCCAACAUGUGAUUACCUGAAUUUAAUUUCAUUUGAACUUGGAGGUAAAAAUGAAGACGGUAAGGGCAGAUGUCCAUUUGAUCCUGCUCAAAGCUACACAUCUGUUAUGGUUGAUGAAGAGCUUUAUUCCGGGACUUCUUACAAUUUCUUGGGAAGUGAACCAAUCGUUUCACGACACUCUCAUCAGAGCCCUCUGAGAACAGAGUAUGCAAUACCUUGGCUUAAUGAGCCCAAUUUUGUUUUUGCUGAUGUGAUAAGAGCAGAUCAAAACAGCACAGAUGGAGAAGAUGACAAGAUAUACUUCUUUUUCACCGAGGUGUCUGUGGAGUACGAAUUUGUUGGAAAACUGAUGAUUCCAAGAAUAGCUAGAGUGUGCAAGAGGGACCAAGGAGGAUUAAGGACCUUGCAGAAAAAAUGGACUUCCUUUCUCAAGGCCAGAUUGAUUUGUACCAUCCCUGAUAAGAAUUUAAUUUUCAAUAUUAUCAAUGAUGUUUUUAUUCUCAAGUCUCCAACUUUGAAGGAACCGGUGAUAUAUGGAGUCUUCACCCCGCAACUGAAUAAUGUGGGACUGUCAGCAGUGUGUGCAUACAAUCUGUCUACUGUAGAAGAGGUUUUCUCGAAAGGAAAGUAUAUGCAGAGUGCUACAGUAGAACAGUCUCAUACAAAGUGGGUACGAUACAAUGGGGAAAUUCCUAAUCCUCGACCUGGUGCUUGUAUAAACAAUGAAGCUAGAGCAUCAAACUACAUGAGUUCUCUGAAUUUACCGGACAAAACAUUGCAGUUUGUUAAAGAUCAUCCUCUAAUGGAUGAUUCAGUGACUCCAAUGGGAGACAGACCUCGACUAGUAAAACGAGACGUGAAGUAUACCCAGAUUGUAGUAGACAGAGUCAGAGCACUCAAUGGCACCAUAUAUGAUGUUAUGUUCAUCAGUACAGAUCGAGGAGCCCUGCACAAAGCUAUCAGCUAUGAAAAUGGAAUGCAUAUUAUUGAAGAAACACAGCUUUUUCCAAACUUUGAGCCAGUCCAAACUCUCCUGCUUUCAUCCAAAAAAGGCAGAAGAUACCUCUAUGCUGGUUCAAAUUCUGGUGUGGUUCAGUCUCCGGUGGCAUUCUGUGACAAGUACAGCACUUGUGUUGACUGUGUUUUAGCAAGGGAUCCUUACUGUGCUUGGAAACCCCUUGAAGCUUCCUGCAUUGAUAUUUUUAAAGAAAGCGAAAUUGAAAGGAACUGGAUUCAGAACAUAGGUGGAGAUGCAUCGUCUUGUUCUGAUAAAGUAAGAGAGAAUUCCCUACAGCAUACAUUCAAGCAUGGGAGCACAGCAGAACUCAAGUGUUCUCAAAAGUCCAAUCUGGCACAGGUAGUUUGGAAGUUCAAAGACGAUGUGCUGAGAGUGGAGAGUCCCAAGUACCGUCUGCUGGAAAAGGCGCUGCUCAUCUUCAAUUUAUCAGAAGGAGACAGCGGUGUUUACCAGUGUCUGUCAGAAGAAAAAGUGAAGAAUAAGAAAUUUUCUCAAGUGCUGGCUAAGCAUGUUCUGGAACUGAAAAAGAUCCAGCAUACCACAGUGGGCCCCACCACGGCAGCUGCACCAACAGAAGGUAAUAGCGAUGUGCCAAAAGUGUCAGCUGUACCAGCCGAGGGGUCUACAGCUCACGCCUCGACCACUCAUAUGGUACCGGUAACGACAGCAAGGAUAGUAACAAAGCCCAUUGGCCCUGUCCUAACAAGUGCAGCCUCCAACACAGAGCCCUUCAAUUCAGUUCCUGACGCCGUCCCAGAAAAAACGAUGUUCCUCAAGUCAAACGAUAACUUCCUGUUGAUGUUCCUCUUCCUCUUCUUUUUUAUUCUCUUCUUGUGCCUGCUCUCCUACAACUGUUACAAAGGGUACUUGCCAGGGCAGUGCCUGAAAUUUCGCUCUGUCAUGCUGCUUGGUAAGAAGAAAACGAAGUCAGAUUUUUCUGAUUGCGAGCAAAGUGUGAAGGAGACACUGGUGGAGCAAGGCAGCGUCAGCCACCAGAGCGGGGAGCAGCCGAAGCCGGCGCACGACACCGGCUACGAGACUGAGCCCGACUGUGGGAAUGGCCAGCUGCAGCCUGGGGAUUCGCAGGCAUCCCGAGAGGCCAAGGACAAGCCCUUCGAUGUCAAGUGUGAGCUCAAGUACGCCGACUCAGAUGCAGAGGGGGACUGAAGGACCCAGUCGUCCAUUUCAGUGGUGGAAAUCAGCUGUGGUCCUGCGGCUAGCUAUUUGAGCACAGAGAGUGUGGGGGUGACAGCUGAGCCAUAGCGGGGUUUACAUGCUUAAGCUGUACAGCAAGCCAAUUUGCGUUCAGAUCUCGCCAGAUUAGAGAAGCGGUGUUCUUGUCUGCAGACCAUAGCAUCUUGUGUUGUACUGUUGUUUUGGUUUUGUGUUUUGUUUUGUUUUUUUUUUUUAAAUGGCCAGUUUCAGAUCACCAUUUGUUUGUUCCCAGUUUUCCCCCCACUGAGCGCUUCGCUCUAGUGAACAGUUACUUGCUUGUUCUGCAGCCCUGUUCUUCCAUAGGAUAAAAGUAACUUUCUAAUUCAGUUGGCUUUAAAAAAGUACUUCAGUCUACACAUUUUUAGCUGCCAUUAAAAAAAGACCUAGUUUCAUUUUAAUUCCAAAUUGGAAAUUAAGUUUAGUUUAUCAGAUUGGUAAAUUAUAGACUUUUGUCCAGAUUGGGACAUUUUUUUUCUUUGCUUCUAGUGAUUAUUUUUAGUUUUAUGCUUUGUGUUUUGGCACACUAGGUCUCUUUAGUUGGUUAAUUUUUUUAACUGCUUUUUAAGUAUCUUAGAUUUUAAGGUAUAAUGGGGAUAGCAUUGGCUUGAUUUGUGUAAGACUCUCAGGGAUAAUCUUGUUUAAAGGCUUUUUUCUUUGCUGCUUUCUAGAAAUUUAGGUACAACAAUAUCAGUACAAAACAUGGAGUAAGUGG